AAAGGAGAGAUCAGAUUCCGACACCCUGGCUAUCAUGGUCCAAUACUGAAUCAUCUCCUAUCGCUACCACGAGUGGAUUGCCAAGAUGUCAACGACACUGUUGUCUAUGGAAUACAUCAUAAGACCGCCUUAACGGCUUGUCAGAUUAUUGCUAACAAUGCUUUUGAUACUGGCUAUUUCGCUCUGGACCAAGCCGGCCUUCAUGGGGUAAAGGUCCCUUUGGAUGGCCUCUUGACUGAGGACCAGUACUUUUUUAUCAUUAAUGGCAACCAUAACUAUGCUGUUGUACCAAGCUUUCGAGAUUGGAGAUUCCCUAACGAGGACAUUGACCGUAUCUGGCCUAAUAUUUCCAAUGGGCCUGAUAUUAUUGGGUCCAAGUGCUGCGUCUCUGGCAUUGGUUACGCUAUUAACAGAGCCCACCUUCUACCGCAAGAGGAGCAAGCAUGGUCUGAGCAAAAUAUCAUGAAUGAUACAACUCCCGCUAUUGACGACAUCAACAACAUUAUUUUAUUGAGGAAAGAUCUUCAUAAAUGUUUCGAUGACCGCUGGUUCGCUAUUGUACCCAAAAAAGACCCAGAGGGCUCUGAUCUAUAUGUUACCCACAUACUCUCCAGUUCAGCAGCACAAAUGUGGCCGACAUAUCACAAUGUUGUCGUCAAUCAGCUUUCGAUAGAAUCAAAAGCUUACGUCUUUGCACGAUUUGCUUGGGCGAUUUUGCUACGAACAAAGCAGUUUGUUACCCGUAAUGUCGCGCGGCAAGUUAUUCGACGUUACAUAAAUGACGAAGGAGAAUUUGAAUAUAAAGACGAAAGGGCAUCAGGCCCUUUGCUUAAACAACUAUAUGGCGGAGGCGGGACAAGAAAUGCAACUCCGCUCAAG